AUGACGCGACCUUUCAAGAAACCCGAGUUGCACCCCUGCGCGGGAUCUGCGCUCGCGCACGGCGUGCAGCGACAGUACAGCUACAACCGCUCCAGCUCUAGGCCUUUAAGCGGGAAGGCUCACACUGCUGGCACGUAUACGGCAUCCAUGGCCAGCAUGCUAGGAAAUCGUGGGCCUUUGUACAGCCCACCACAGACUAGAAGACACAACACAACAGAAAGAGGAAACAGUUGUUCGGGUAACAACUGCCCACCCGUCUCAACAAGCCACCUCAUGGCAGUGCAUCUAGGAGAGGUUUACCCUCCGAGCACCUGCAAAGAUUCGCGUGGAAUCUUGGAUGGCUUCUUUGGAGCCAUUGAAAGACAUAUUCUGCACUCGAAUCCCAGUGGCAACGUGAAGAUACCCUCGAGCCUCCUUCACAUUGGCGAGUGCCCAGAUGUGCCGGAGCACUUGGCGACAUUCGCUCUCCGUCGUUCAGGUUCCCUGCAUUUCAGAGGGCGUCAAGACGAGGCAGCGGAGGAGCAAGAGGGAGAAACAGCGAAGCCUGUGAAGCACAAGGGGCAUUUAGGACAUGUAAACGACACGAACACGCGAAGGGGCUUAUCCUAUCCGCCGUUUUCAUGA